AUGGCGCAAAGGUACGAUGAGCUGGCUCAUUACGGAGGCGCGAUGGACGGCGUCGGAGUGCCCACCUCCAUGUACGGCGACCCGCACGCCCCGCGGCCGUUGCCUCAGGUCCACCACCUGAACCACGGGCCGCCCCCGCACCCGACCCAGCACUACGGAGCCCACGCGCCGCACAACAUCAUGCCCGGCAGCAUGGGCAGCGCCGUCAACGACGCACUGAAGAGAGACAAGGACCAAAUCUACGGCCACCCUUUAUUCCCUCUGCUGGCUCUGGUGUUCGAGAAGUGCGAGCUGGCGACCUGCACGCCCAGAGAGCCCGGCGUGGCGGGAGGAGACGUCUGCUCCUCGGACUCCUUCAAUGAAGACAUAGCUGUUUUUGCCAAACAGAUCCGCGCAGAGAAACCUUUAUUUUCUUCCAACCCAGAGCUGGAUAACUUGAUGAUUCAAGCGAUUCAGGUCCUUCGAUUUCAUCUCCUGGAAUUAGAGAAGGUUCAUGAGCUCUGUGAUAACUUCUGCCACCGGUACAUCAGCUGCCUGAAAGGCAAAAUGCCCAUCGACCUGGUCAUAGAGGAGCGAGAUGUAUGCAAGUCGGACUUCGACGACCUCUCAGGAUCCUCCACCAACCUCGCAGAUCACAACCCAGCUUCCUGGAGAGACAUGGAUGACGCCCACUCCACGCCCUCUGUGGGCACCCCGGGACCAUCCAGCGGGGGACACGUCUCCCAGAGUGGAGACAACACCAGUGAACUCGGAGACGGCCUCGACAACAGCCUGGCAUCACCAGGCACAGGAGAUGAGGAUGACCAAGACAAGAAGAGGCAGAAGAAACGAGGCAUCUUCCCCAAAGUGGCCACAAACAUAAUGAGAGCGUGGCUCUUCCAACACCUCACGCACCCGUACCCCUCAGAGGAACAGAAAAAGCAGCUAGCGCAGGACACAGGCCUCACCAUCCUUCAGGUGAACAACUGGUUUAUCAAUGCAAGGAGGAGAAUAGUCCAGCCUAUGAUUGACCAGUCCAACAGAGCAGUGAGUCAGGGUACAGCUUACAGUCCAGAUGGCCAGCCAAUGGGAGGCUUUGUUCUUGAUGGGCAGCAGCACAUGGGUCUCCGACCUGGAGGGCCCAUGGGUGGCAUGGGUAUGAACAUGGGCAUGGAUGGGCAGUGGCACUACAUGUAAAAUUACUCCACUGAGGCGAGCCUGAACAACAGGGUGAAGCCUCCAUGGUUGGCUCAGGGAUCUUCUUCCAUCCGGCAGUGGAGCUCAGUACCGGAGUUGCCGCUGCAGCCGCCACGUCACA